AUUUACUGCGUUCCUUGUGGAACCUCGAGAUUAUAAAUAUGGCUGCCUCCCAAAGGCCAUUAGAAGACAAAACGAAAACAGUUACUGCUGGAUACGGUUUAUGCAGAAUUUUACGGUUUAUGCAGUGAAUUGCGAUAAAUGAUACAGGUUGAGACUAGGGAAAGAAGAUGUUUUUGCUGGAGUAUGAGAAUCAAAUGUUUUUGGAGGGAUUUCACAAUGAUGGCUUGUUCAUUAUGUCAAGAGGAUUGGGCAUAGACAGGCUGUUUCUGAGUUUUCUUGGAGUCUACAACGAUCCAGGAAGCCUUGUUCUGGUCCUAAACACUAACUCAAAUGAUGAGAACAAUUUUAUGCAUCAACUAGAGACCCAGGGGAUUCAGCCUCUACCAAAAAUAAUCACUAAUGAGGUGAAUGCAGCUGAAAGGCUGAAAACAUAUAUGGAGGGUGGAGUACAGUUUGUGACAUCUCGCAUCUUGGUAGUGGAUUUCCUAACAAACCGUGUACCUGUUGAGAAGGUGACUGGGAUACUGGUCUACAAAGCUCAUAAGGUCAUUGAGUCCUGCCAAGAGGCCUUUAUUCUGCGGCUUUACCGGGAGAAGAACCAAACAGGUUUCAUCAAAGCCUUUUCUGACAAUCCAGAGGCUUUCACAUCUGGAUUCUGUCAUGUGCAGCGAGUGAUGAAAAAUAUUUAUGUGAAGAAGCUGUUUUUAUGGCCUCGUUUCCAUGCCAGUGUAGUCUCCUCUCUGGAUAAACAUAAGGUGGAGGUUGUAGAGCUACACCUGCAGUUAACCCCAUCUAUGACAAACUGCCAGACUGCCCUUCUAGAUCUCAUCAAUGCCUGCAUUAAGGAGCUUAAAAGGUGCACACCAGCGGUUGACAUGGAGGAGAUCACUGUAGAAACAGCCCUUGGACGCGACUUUGACCGUAUGGUUCGCCUGCAGUUAGAUCCAAUAUGGCAUAUGCUUAGCAGCAAAACAAGACAACUAGUUGCUGACCUCAAGACUCUUCGGCUUGUUCUUAGGAAUCUAACCCAAUAUGAUUGUGUGACAUUUUACAACUUGGUGAACUCAAUACGGACAAGUGAAAAGGCAUUUGGACAGAACACUGGAUGGUUGUUCUUGGGUGCUGCUGACAGCCUUUUUGUGAAUGCACGAGAAAGACUGUUUAGUAAGAAAGAGAGCAAGAAGGACAAAACAGAUUCAGAAGGAGAGAAAUGCAAGCAAAAUUAUUCUGAACCAGAACUGGAAGAACCACCAAAGUGGCAAGCACUAAGAGAGGUGCUAAAUGAAAUUGACUUGGAGAUUCAGAAGAUUUCCUCAACUGCUGGCAGUUCUGUUGCGGAAAAAUGUCGAGUCUUAGUAUGUGCUGAAGAUGACCGAACCUGCAAUCAGCUGAGAGAGUUUUUAUGCAAAGGUGCCCAGGGUGUCUUAUCUCGACUGUAUAAGAAGUGCAUAACGAUCAAGACAGGUGGUUUGGAAAACAAAGAAGAUGCAAGGCAGGAGCAAAGAAAAAAAUAUGGCAAGAGGAAAGCACAAAAUGCACCAUGCACAAGCUCCAAGCUGACUCUCACACAGAUGGCACGCAAUGCUGAAGCUAGAUGUGAAGAAGAUGACCAGCAAGAGAUGUCAGAACCUGGAGAAGUGCAAAGUGAUGAGGACUUGCUUUUAUCCGACCCAAAGGACACAGUGGAGGAUGAGGAGAAGGCUAUCAUGUCAGAGGAACCUGUUCGGGAUCCCACCCUGUCUUCUAAGGAUUCUUACUAUGGUCUUGUGUCAGGGCCUGUCACAAUUCUGCAUCCGUUGCAAGGUUGUACUGAUCCACAUGGCCUGACUCAAACUUUACUGGAGAUCCAGCCAACUUAUGUUGUAAUGUACGAUCCGGAUAUGCAGUUUGUGAGGCAGCUAGAAGUGUUUCAGGCAUCUAAUCCCAGCAGACAACUUCGUGUAUACUUCCUGCUUUAUGUUGGUUCUGUUGAAGAACAACGCUACCUCACUACUCUGCGACGUGAAAAAGAGGCUUUUGAGUUCCUUAUUCGUGAAAAAGCUACAAUGGUGAUUCCAGAGGAGAGAGAUGGUAAACAGGAGAAUGACCCCAGGGACAGCAUAUCUGUGAAUGAGAGUACAAGGAAGGGUGGGUUGCCAAGCCAGCCAGAACAACAAAAAAUCAUUGUAGACAUGCGUGAAUUCCGCAGCGAACUGCCUUCCCUUAUACAUCGUCGUGGAAUCACUGUGGAACCAGUAACACUUGAGGUUGGAGACUACGUUCUUACUCCAGAUAUUUGUGUGGAGCGCAAGAGUGUCAGUGACCUGAUUGGCAGUCUCAACAGUGGCCGCCUGUACAACCAGUGUGUUGCAAUGUGUCGCUGCUAUAAACGACCAGUCCUACUUAUAGAGUUUGAUGCAAACAAGUCAUUCUCCUUACAGGGAAAGUAUCCUACUGUUGGAGAAGUCAGUCUGCAGGAGACCACAUCACGCCUGGCCUUGCUGACUAUGCAUUUUCCAAAGUUGAGAAUUUUGUGGUGCCCAAGUCCCUAUGCUACUGCUGAGAUCUUUGAAGAACUAAAGGUAAACAGGGCUCAGCCAGACUCAACAACAGCCCUGUUGAUGAAGGCUGGUGGAGAAACUGUGGAAUGGGGUGAUCAGUAUAGUCAUAUACCACAGGACAUGGUUCUCCGCAUGCCUGGUGUAACAACAAAAAACUACCACUCUGUCCUGAAGAAGUUUGACAAUAUCCUUGCAGUUUCCAAAGCAUCACUGGAAGAGCUUACUGCAGUUCUUGGAAACUCUGUGCAGGCACAGCAGCUUUACAACUUCUUCCACAAGAAGUGUGACUUUUCAGACACUUCUGGCAAAAGGUCACCGAAGCCUGCAAAGCACUCUGCAAAACGCAAGAAAUGACUGAAAUCACCUUGUUCAUAGAUUUACCAAAAAAAAUUUUGGAGGCAUUUAUAUAAUUAUAUAAGAAGUCUACCCAUGCUGAAGAACUACUUUUAUGUACAAAAUAUGUAAAUGACUCAUCAAAUAAAAUCAAAUAAACCAGAAA